GAUAUAUAAGUUUAGGUUUCGUCUGGUUUGUUGCUUAUAGUCCACACAUGGCCAGCUCGAAAUUUAACGGUUUUUCCAGAACGCACGUGUUUAUGUAAUAAUAUAUAAUUAAGAUGGCAAAAAGAACGAUAAUGGAAAAUGUCAAAACUAGAGAGGACAAGGUACAAAUGAAAAAGCAGCUUGGCUUAUUAGAAGGCGUUGCUAUUAUUUUGGGAAUCAUUUUUGGUUCAGGAAUCUUCAUUUCUCCAAAAGGAGUAAUACAAGAAGUUAAAAGCGUUGGUUUGUCGUUGAUUAUUUGGGUACUAUGUGGUUUAUUGUCAAUGGUUGGUGCCUUAUGUUAUGCCGAACUUGGUACCAGUAUACCUCGUAGCGGCGGCGAUUAUGCCUACAUUCAUGAAUCGUUUGGUAAUUUAGCAGCUUUCUUAUAUCUUUGGGCAGCAAAUUUAAUUUUUGUACCUACGACUAAUGCAAUUAUGGCCUUAACUUUCUCGCAAUAUGUACUUCAGCCCUUUUUUCCUAAUUGUGUCAUUCCUGAUGGUGGAGUUAGAUUAUUAGCAGCAGCAACAAUAUGUUUCUUAACAUUUGUUAACUGUUAUGAUGUGAAGGAAACAACUAGAAUGCAAAAUAUCUUUAUGUUUGCAAAAAUAGCUGCUUUAGUAAUUAUUAUUUUGGCUGGAUUAACGUGGUUGUUUAUGGGACACACUGAAAAUUUUGAAAACGCAUUCGAGGAUACGAAUACAGAUCCGGGAAAAAUUGCUGUCGCAUUUUAUUCUGGUAUAUUUUCUUACUCUGGUUGGAAUUACUUGAAUUUCAUGACUGAAGAGCUAAAAAAUCCAUAUGUAAAUUUACCACGUGCUAUUUAUAUUUCACUGCCAUUGGUAACAUUGAUUUAUGUUUUGGCCAAUGUUGCCUAUUUAGCAGUUUUAACGCCAGAAGCAAUGAUAGCUUCGGAAGCAAUUGCAGUUACUUUUGGCGAUAAACUUCUUAGUUAUAUGUCGUGGAUAAUUCCAUUAAUGGUUGCAAUAUCUGCCUUUGGAGGACUGAGUGUUCAUAUAAUGACAUCGUCGCGAAUGUGUUUUGUUGGUGCGAGAAAUGGACACUUUCCUGCUAUGCUCAGUCAUAUAAAUAUUGAAAGAUAUACUCCAACACCAGCUUUAGUAUUUUUAUGUAUUUUGUCACUCGUUAUGUUAUGCACAAGUGAUAUUUUUGUACUAAUAACAUAUUGCAGUAUCGUAGAGUCAACAUUUAUUAUGUUUUCUGUUGCUGGAAUUUUGUGGCUCAGAUAUAAAAAACCAACAAUGGAACGACCUAUCAAAGUGUCGUUAUGGAUUCCUAUUACUUUUGUAUUGAUAUGCGCCUUCUUGGUAUUGGUACCAUGCUAUGAAAGGCCUUAUGAAGUGGGUAUGGGAGUUCUUAUUACUUUAUCUGGGGUUCCUGCAUAUUUAGUUGGGGUAGCGUGGAAGAAAAAGCCUCUGAGGUUUCAAAAUAUAAAUGCUAAAAUAACGCAUGUUAUUCAAAAGUUAUUUAUGUCAGCUCGAGAAGAAAGAGAUGAUUUUUAAAAGGUGUAUAAUUUCAAUAUUAGGUAAAAUAUUGCACUUUCACAGACUGAUUAGACAUUAAAAUUAUAUCUAAUUGGCAAAACGACAUAAUAGUAAACGUUUUAUGAAGAUAUGUAACUGGUGAAGUAUUAUAAUUUUUAUAAUA